AUGCAGUUCCUAGCUGCUGUUGUACAUUUCAACAUGACACUUCAAGUACAACUUACCUAUUACACCCUCAAUGUUCACACCUGUGGGAUAAUGUUCACCUGGAGAAUUUUGGUCUUGGUGGCAGCAUACCUGACCUUAAUUGCUGCCCAUCCCCACAAUCAUCGCAAUUACCACACAGGAGAAUGCAUGGAAAUGAGGACAUCUGCCAGAGCUGGACGUACCCAGUGGAUCAGUCAUCCUUUUAAGUGUAUGAAGGAUAUUAAACUUCCCAGAGAGGAACGCCAGGCUAAGCAGAUUUGUGGACGCAAGAAAAGUAUUCAAGCUGAGCUACUAUUUCAUUUUUGCUAUAAUUCAGAAGUGAAGACGAAGAGACACGAAUUCUUCGCAAGGUGCAUGGUCGAUCGGCUUGACCUUGGAGCCCCAGACGGGUCACUGGAUGCAGGGAAGGUCAUCCAGAACAGCCUGAAGAUGGAUUCGUCUGAUGUCUCAGUGAGCGUUGAUGAAGAUGCAGACGAUCAUCAAUAUUUGUGCAACAAACAGCACCGGAGAGAAUGCAACGGAGCAAUUCCUUCUCCUGAGGAGCUGCGUACGACAGCUGGUGCAAGAACAUUGCACACUGCACCACCAACUGCUGAGAUCUACUUGGAGAGAGGAAGAGACGCGUCAGUUGCUUGUGCUAACGUCAGCACUGAUCACCAGAAUCUGCUGCUUGAGGAGCUUUUCGAUACUUGUAUGUCUGAGCAUGCAGUCAAGUCAGCAUCAGGCACAAAGGAGCUCUCUGUUCUUGCAAGUUCAAACAAGGGUCGCUUUGCACAGACGAUGAUCUCGUCCAAGAUCUGCGUGGCAGAGAAGAUGAACUGGUUCUCUCAAGAGACAGGCUUCAAUGGCCAGUUGUACAGAGACUUCGUGUCCAACUUCACCUGGGAGUUCGCCCCUGAAGGAAGGAAGGAGGUCUUAGGAGCAAUGGAAGAGUGUGACACAGAGCUGGAAGGCAGCGCCUACAACCAGGUUCACCAAUGGGAAUCCUGCCUUGCUCCUAGGGUGGUGGAGAUCUGUGGGUUCAACAACAACAUCACGAAGUUCUUCUUCCCGUUCAUCAACGCCGACAUCCAGAAGGCGGCUCUGGAAUACAUAGAGGAUCUAACCGAUGAUGAGGAUGAUGACGACCAAGAAGAAGAAGACCUGGACGACUACGAGGACGACUUCACCUACGACGACGAAUACGACUCCCAGGUGGAUAACAAUGAUGAUACUGAGGAUGAUAAUGAGGAUGAUUAUGACAAUGAUUACAAUAAGACCUACGAAGAAGAUGAUGGUGAAGCCGAGACUGUUGAUGACGGCCUCCUCGAGAUGAACCUAAAGCCCGCGAAGACGGAAACGGAAAAAGACGCCAUGUUGGUCGAUGGUGAGGACGACGACGACGCCGCCGAAGACUUGACGGAAAUUGAGGAAUUGAAGGAUAAGGAGUCGGUCGAGGAUGACGCCGAGGAAUUUAUGGCUCAUUUGAAGAAGAAACAAGUCAAUUCCCCAGACCCCAAACAAGCGAGCACCGAGCAGAGCACAAAACUCCCAUCAACAGCAGAAGUCUCUGAAACAGAAGACCUCGUCACCACGGAGGCCUCGGAAUCGCCAGCGCCGUCGGCCUCCUCGACACAGGCGCCGCCAGAGGGUGGCAAUGACUUCGAGGGAGAGAUGUCUGUUGAGGAGACUGUUAGUCCUUAGGUCUGUUAGCACAGACAAGGGUCUUUGGUGUAAAGAAAAAAAAAAAUAAAUAAAAAAAUAACGGCGACCCACAUUAGGGAUUAAGCCGAGAUGACUAAAAGUUAGAAAUAUAUUGAAAAUUUAUUUGGUUUAUAAUUGGGAGUUUAAAACAGCGACCCUGACUAGUGAUUGGGCUAAGAAGAAGACUGAAAGUUAAGAGAGCAGAAAAUUUAUUGAAAAUUUAUUUGGUUCAUAACUGGGAGUUUUAAAACAGCGACCCCCGACUAGUGAUUGGGCUAAGAAGACUAAAAGUUAUUUGGUUUAAAAUAGAGGUUUGAAACAGCGACCCUGACCAGAGCUUAAGCUGAGAAGAUUAAAAGUUAAAUAAAAAACAUAUAUCGAAAAUUUAUCUGGUUUAAAAUCGAUAAUUAAAAACAGCGACCCCACCAAGGGAUUAAGCUGACAAGCAGGGGAUGUAAAAUUGAUAUAGAUUAAUUCAGAGAACAUAAAUGUAAAAUUCCAAUAAUGAAAACUUAUUGGUUUUAAAUCGGCAAAUGUAAAUUUGCCUCAUUGAGUUAAAAACAGCUACCCCGACUAAGGAAUGAGCUAAGGGGGGAAAAUAUGACGUGAACUCAAUGUAGAUUAAUUCAAGGAUUAAAUUUUGUUAAAAUUAAAAAUGAACAUCACUUUAAAUUUGUGAAUCUAAUAUUUAUAUAAUGAUUCACUGUAAGUAUAAAGAACGUAAUUUAGUACCAAAUCAAUUAUGAAAUAUAAGAAAAUAAAUGAGAGAUUUUAUACUAAUUUAGAGAACAGAUAAAAAAUACGAAAUAUAAAAAAAAUAAAUUAGGGAUUUUAUACUCAUUCAAAGAACAUAUAAAAUAAUAAAAAUAUUUUCUUGUAUAUUAUAAUAUUCAUCAGACGAUUCUGUAUAGAAAUGGUAAAAAAAAAAAUCAAAGUAACUUUUUCAAAUGUUCUAUUUUUCGAUUGCGUCAUUAUCACAGCAAAAUCACUAUUUUUUUUAAAUUUCCUUUUUUUAAAACUAAGUCAUUAUCAGAGGAAAGUCAUA